CUAGAUUAGAUAGACUACCAACACUCGGUAAAUGUGAGGGUUGCUAGACCGGGACUCAAUCGCGCUACCAGGUCCGUCUAUUCCAAAAUGGAGACGACAACCCGGCAGGACCCGAAAGCGGAAUCGACCCGUCCAGAUGAACCAGAGUUCGAUCUCUACACCAUUCCCAGCUACUCCAGUUGGUUUCGAUGGAACGACAUCCACGAGACGGAGAGAGCCGCAAUGAGAGAGUUCUUCGAUGGAAGCUCGGUCACCAGGAGUCCCAAAAUCUACAAGGAGUACCGCGAUUUCAUGAUCAACAGGUACCGCGAGGAUCCAUCCACCAGGCUCACCUUCACGGAGGUUCGCAAGUCCCUCGUCGGCGACGUCAGCCUGCUCAAUAAGGUCUUCCAGUUCUUGAACCAGUGGGGAUUGAUCAACUUCGGUGCGGAUUCGGCUCGAAUUGAGUCGGAGAACGAGUACAAGGACGAAGUUAGGGUUGAGGAUGGCCCUCCCAACGGCAUUCGUGUUGUUGCUGACCCUAAUUCGUCGAAACCGUUCCCAGCAUCGCACGCCGGGGCCCCUCUUGGCGCUGAUGUCCGCCGCUCGAAGCUGUCGCCAUUGGCGUCCUACUCUGACGUUUUUGGUGAGUUGGGUAAGCGCAAGGGAAUUUUGUGUGGGAGUUGCGGUGGAAAUUGUGAGUCCGGCCGAUAUCAGCACGAUAAGGAUAGCUAUGUUCUCUGUGUCAAAUGCUUCAAAGAUGGAAAGUAUGGAAACAAGUCUGUUGAUGAUUUCAAGCUUCAUGGCAGCAGUGUCAGUGACGGUAAGCAAAGGGAUGCCUGGACAGAGGCUGAGACUUUACUUCUCUUAGAGUCUGUUUCGAGGCACGGAGAUGACUGGGACAUAGUCGCUCAAACUGUGAAAUCCAAGACUAAACUGGAAUGUAUUUCCAAGCUUAUUGAGCUACCUUUUGGAGAGUUUAUUUCAAGUUACAAUCUUGGAAAGGACCCUGCCAGUGGACUAAGCGGUAAUGGAGACGGUGGAAAAGAUGUCUUUCCAUCUCUACCAGAGCAACAAGAUAUGAUCAAAUCUGAAAAUGUAAUGUCCCAGCAGGCUAAUGGUAAUGAGCAGAGAGGAGAUGAUGCUGACAAAGUCCCCCCUCUGAAGAAACAGUGUGUUUCUUAUUCUUCAGGAUCUGGAAUCUCCAUCAUGAGACAGAUCGCUCGCAUCUCAAGCAUGGUCGGGGAUGACAUCACUGCCACUGCAGCUAAGGCUGCUUUUGCAGCACUUUGUGAUGAAGCCUCUUGUCCAAGUGACUCAUUCAAUAAUGAGGAAGACUUUGCUAAUGAAUUGUGGCCUGCCAUGGACCAGUCUGUGUCAGAGAGGUGGCUUAUUUAAGAUCGGGAGACAAACUUAUCCCAGAAUAAUGUACCGUUAACUUUGAGGCUUCGAGCUACAGUUGCAGCUGCACUUGGGGCAGCUUCUGCUCAUGCCAAAUUAUUGGCCAAUGAGGAAGACCGGGAGAUUGAAACUUUAGUUGGAACCAUCAUUGAGACACAGGUACUGCAAGGGGGAGACCUUAUCCUGUAUCCAUUUUUUUCCUACUUUUCAUUAAAAGCUUCUAAUCUGCCCGUUUUCACUGAAUCUUGAAUAUUAGUUGAAGAAACUGCAGUGUAAGACGAUGGAUUUGGAUGAAUUGGAGGUGAUUAUGGAGAAAGAAUAUGGAGAACUAGAAGAACUGAAGCGAUCUUUAGCUGAGCAGCGAGUUGACAUCUUAGCCAGAAGAGUUAGAGCUGGCAUAUCGAAAGCGGGAUCUUAUACGUUUGUGAAAACUCAGAAUGCAACCUUGCCCUGAUGACCCUGUAGCUGAAUCUAAAUCUAGAGAAAAUUGUGGAUAGAGUUGCAGGUCUAGUUGUUGGUUGUUCUAUUGUACAUCAGGAGAUAGCCUGUCGCUUGGUUCUGGUAGGAGCCGUCUGUUUGUGCGCUUCUCCCAUCUCAGCUGAUUGUUUCAUUUCUUGUAUUCCCCAGUGGUAGAGGACUUGUAGUCGUUUAGCUUCUGGGGCAGGUUGUAUGAGGUCGUUUAGCAUGCUAAAUGGGUGAUGUUGGUUAGGGGUGUGUAACGGUCCGGAUCAAACCGAUGCUUGGACCGGGCUGCAUCGAACCAAGAGGAAGGGCAAGCACAACACAACAAAGGGAUUUUUCCACUUACUCGGCUGGCGGUCCUUUAUCCGAUCCAUUGGAGAUCAAAGCUCACCGGCACGGGCAGAUGCAAUCUUAGACCAUUUCUGUAGUAAAAAAUUGUUCGGAAAAGGGAAAAGGAGACGAUAGAUGUUAAUUAUUUCUCAGAUGGUGCGUGGGGAAGAAGCUCGGAAACAAUACGUGCAGAAGCAACCAAACAAGAACUAUAUGAAUAAGCAGCAAACCAAAUUGUCAAAAAGAACCAAUUCGAACUUGGAUUAAACAACAGAACUUGUCGUAGUACUACAUGUUCAAUGACAACUAACGAACACAAGAUGCCUCUACGAAACUUCAUUAAUUAUGCUCAGCAUUUUUAGUAUUUCGUUCUUCCAUCACCCUCAGUGAUCACAUCUUUGAAUGAACCGCCACUCGGAAUCAUGGGCAGAACAUGCUCCUGAUGAGGCACAAUCACAUCCAACAAGUAAGGUCCCGGUGUGUCCAGCAUUUUUUGUAUUGCCGCUCUGAGAUCUGCAAUUCUUGUUACCCGAGAUGCUGGAAUUCCGCAAGCUUCAGCAAACUUCAACAUGUUGGGGAAUAUCUCGGAUUCCCUCGACGGGUCACCUAGAUAUGUAUGAGCUCUGUUAGCUUUAUAGAACCGAUCUUCCCACUGUACAACCAUACCCAGGUGCUGAUUGUUCAGAAGCAUGAUCUUCACUGGCAAAUUCUCCACUCGAAUUGUAGCCAACUCUUGCACAUUCAUUAUAAAGCUUCCGUCACCAUCAAUAUCCACGACAACAGCCCCUGGAUUGGCAACAGCAGCACCCAUAGCAGCAGGCAAACCGAAACCCAUCGCUCCAAGUCCAGCAGAAGUCAACCACUGCCGUGGUUUCUUGUACUUGUAGUGCUGAGCAGCCCACAUCUGAUGCUGACCAACCCCUGUGCUAAUUAUUGCUUCCCCAUUAGUUAAUUCAUCAAGAACCUGGAUGGCAUGCUGAGGUGGAAUCGCUUCUCCAAAUGUCUUGUAUGUCAAUGGAUACUUCAUUUUCUGUUCAUUCAACUCCACUCUCCAGGCCUUGAAAUCCAGCUUACUCUUAGAGUCCUUGCUUUCCAAGAGCUCAUUAAUACCCUGCAAUGCUAACUUCACAUCUCCACACACCGACGCGUGAGGCUGCUUAUUCUUACCAAUCUCAGCUGGAUCGAUAUCAAUGUGAACAAUCUUGGCUCUGCUUGCAAAAGCUUCGAGCUUCCCUGUCACGCGAUCAUCAAACCUCACUCCAAAAGCAAGCAACAAAUCACUGUGUUCCACCGCAUAAUUUGCAUAGACAGUUCCAUGCAUCCCAAGCAUUGACAAUGACAGCUCAUCCGAUACCGGGAAAGCUCCAAGCCCCAUUAAAGUGCUGGCCACAGGAAUCCCAGUUAGCUCAACGAACUUGCUCAACUCUUGGCUCGAAUUCAAACACCCUCCUCCCACGUACAACACAGGCUUCUUGGACUCUGAAAUGAACCUAGUAAUGACCUCCAAAUUCGACUGGCAAGGCGGCUUAGGCAACCUAGCCAAGUAACCAGGCAACUUCAUCUCACACUCCCAGUCAGGAACAGCUAGCUGCUGCUGAAUAUCCUUAGGAAUGUCAAUCAAAACAGGGCCAGGGCGGCCAGAAGUAGCCAAAUGGAACGCCUCUUUCACAACCCUAGGAAUGUCAUCCACAUCGAGAACCAGAUAAUUGUGCUUGGUAAUGGAUCGAGUUACCUCAACAAUCGGAGUCUCCUGAAAUGCGUCGGUUCCAAUCAUGCGGCGCGGCACCUGGCCGGUAAUGGCGACGAGUGGGACACUGUCGAGGAGCGCGUCGGCGAGGCCGCUGACGAGAUUGGUGGCCCCGGGGCCGGAGGUGGCGAUGCAGACGCCAGGCUUGCCGGAGGAACGAGCGUAGCCUUCGGCGGCGAAAACUCCGCCUUGCUCGUGGCGGGGAAGGACGUUUCGGAUGGUUCUGGAGCGAGUGAGAGCCUGGUGGAUCUCCAUGGAAGCACCGCCCGGGUAGGCGAACACAUCGGUGACUCCCUCGCGCUCGAGAGCUUCCACGAGGAUGUCGGCACCCUUCCGGGGCUCGUCGGGGGAAAAUCUAGGGAUCGAAAGCGAAGGAUCUAUGGUGGUGACGGAGGGAGAAGCCGCAGCGGUGGAUUUCGAGUUGGUGGAGCAGGAGAUUUGGAGUGAUUGGCGAGGAGAUGGACGGAGGGGAAAAGAGAAUGACGGGCGGAGGAUGGAGAGAGGAGAUCUGGUGGUGGAGGAAGCAGUGGAGAAGGCGGAGGAGGGAUUGGGGAUUGCGGCGGAGGAGGCGGCGGCGGCCAUUGUUGACAUGCAGAAGAUGGGUACCAAUGCUAAUGCCUAAUGGAUGUUUGCAGGAAGGAAGAGGGAAGGCGGCGGGGCGAAGGAUGGAAGAUGGGUUAAUGAGUUCGAAGAAGACAUAAAGAAAGAAGGAUAAGGACUGGAAU